UCUCUCGAUCGAUCCAUUCCAUCGCGGAAGAAAAAUAACAGAGACCACAGUGAUACGUUUUAGUAGCGAGCGGAGAAAGGAAGAACACGGCCUUGUUCUUGCGCAAUCAAUUACUUACACAGGGAAAUAACGUGGUGGGGGAAUAUCCCAUGGAAUCGUCUUUAUCAAGAAAUGGAAGCAGAGUUUUAGGGCUCAGGGGUUCUCUUAUUGGGGUAUCUGGAGCGGGAUUUUGGAGAGAAUGUGAGCGCGCUCCUCGAUUCGGCGGGAGAAGGAGGAGCUGUGGAUCUCGCGGCGGCGGCGGCGGCGGCGAUUCUUGGCGGAGAUGGGCAACAAUCUCGAGAAGGUAUUCCGGGACGACGAGUAUGAGGUGACGCUGCGCAUCAAGAAGGUGGAUCACGGCGGCCGCGGGCAGCAGGCGAAUGGCGCUGCGAAUGGGAAUGCCGAGCAGACGCCCGCCGCGGAGGCAAUGCCCAAGUACGCGGUGCCCAACGGCGACAGCAGGGCGCGCAAGAGCGCCGACGACCGGUCGAUGCGAGCGCGCAAGAUUUUGAAGGUGGGGGCGCUGGACGAGGCGAAUUCGAGCGAUAGCGAGCAGCAGCAGCCGCUGGAGGAAGGGGCGACGCCGCGGACGGGGCGCUACGCUGGGAGGAAGACUUCGUGUAUGAAGUGGAGUAACUCCGGCCUGGACAUGAGCGUGCUAAAGUCACACCUCUCUCCAAAUUUCCAUGUGACUGUGCCGCCAGAGUUCGUUGCGAUGCACGGGAGCUUCUUCGAAAUCUCAAACGGCGUGCAGGGCAAGUCCCUGGAGAUCGAGGAGAUCACCAAGACGAGGUUCAAGUUUAAGAAGCAGCACUGGGCCCAGAUCGUCCACGAGCACAAUCUCCAGCUCAACGACACUGUGCACUUCGAGAUGGAGGGCAAGUCCAAGCUCCGGAUCGAAAAGGGUCACUCGCUCGCGCAGUACACUCCAGCGGAGCCGUCAGCGUCUCCACCUCCCUACCCAAACACAGGACCUGGCGGCGCUGAGCUCUACUCGCCGGGAGUAACAGAUUCGGCAGGAGCAGCAACAUCGGGAGCAGCAACACCAGCAGCAGCAGGAGUAGCAACAGCAACAGCAACAGCAGCAGCAGCAGCCGGGCCUGAAUCUUCCCCAGCAGAAGGCGUCGCGGCUUAAGAUUAAUUUCCGGUCAUCUUGGUGCUUUUUUUUCUUCGUUCUUCGUUUCCCUUUCUUCUCUGGAGACACUGUUCCUACAGAAAAUCACUUUCUUUGUAACCGAGGGCUCCAUAGAGCAUUGGUUUGUUGUAUUGUUAAACUUUCAAACAUUAUAUAAGUGUUUGUAUGGGGGA